ACUCUUUCUUUUUUUUUAUGUAAUGGCAUCGUGAGUUUGUUUUGUGGUGGUGUCUGAGCUCCCGGUGUGAAGAACUAAACAGUUUCUGGUCUAGUUCGGCAACUAACAAUGUUGCCUGAAUCGGAUAAAGUAAUAACAGUGCCUUUAACACCUCAGGAACUGGCUAUAUUGGCUGAAGUUGACAGCCGCCUGUUUGGAUUUUGGAAGCUGAACACUCCCGAAAACUUCAAGAGGAAGGCCCUAAUUUUGAAGGGUGUUCGACAUCUAGAGCAAGUGCUGAUAGCCCACCAUCAGCGAAGCAAGCGUCCCCAGGGAGGCGAUGCUGAUUCUACCGGUCCUGCCUCAGCAGGGACAGUACCUGCUUUUGAUCCACCCGUAGAUCACAGCGGCAGUGGCGGUGUGACUAGCAGUGGCCAUGACCGUUUGGGCUUCCAACCUACUGCACCCAUUGCACUUAAGGAGCUUGAUCCAAAGACCUACUGCAAGCUGGGCCACUUCCAGCUCUUGCUUGAAGACUAUGCAAAAGCCUUAUCUGCAUAUCAGAAGUACUAUGCAAUGAAGGAGGACCACUGGAAGGAUGAGCCUUUCCUGUAUGGUUUGGGCCUUGUUUAUUUCCACUACAGUGCCUACCAAUGGUCUAUCAAAGCUUUCCGCCAAGUGCUUUACAUCGACCCUGGCUUCUCACGGUCCAAUGAAAUCCACCUGCGUCUUGGGUUGAUGUUCAAAGUCAUUGCCGACUAUGAGUCUGCUCUCAAGCAUUUUCAGUUAGCGCAGAGUGACUCGAGGCAGAGCACAUUUACAAAACCCGAAGUGCGCUUUCACAUUGCUCACGUUCUGGAAGUUCAGGGAAAAUACAAGCAGGCGAAGGAAGCUUAUGAGCAGCUCCUUGCUGUAAAGGACAUCAGUCGCACGGUGCGGGCUGAAACUUUAAGGCAGCUGGGUUGGAUGCACCACACUCUAGAGGUCCUGGGGGAAAAACCACAACGUCAAGCAUAUGCACUGCACUGCCUCCAAAAGUCCAUUGAGGCUGACCCAACAAGUGGCCAGUCAUUGUACUUCCUAGGACGCUGCUUUGCUAGUAUUGGCAAGGUGCACGAUGCUUUCAUCUCUUACCGCAACUCAGUGGACAAGGCAGAGGCCAACGCAGACACCUGGUGCUCCAUAGGAGUGCUCUACCAGCAGCAGAGCCAGCCGAUGGACGCCCUGCAGGCGUACAUUUGCGCUGUGCAGUUGGACAAGGCACACAGCCCCGCCUGGACAAACCUGGGUGUGUUGUACGAGAACUGCAGCCAACCACAGGAUGCUCUCAAGUGCUACCUCAACGCCAUGCACGGAAGUUCGUCGUCCUCCAGCAACCUGGCAGGCCGAGUCAAGUUCCUGCAGACGCAGCUGAGUGCUGCGCCUCCAGCAAGUGUGCAGAAGCCCCGGCAGCUGCCAUGCAUUGAGGAUGCCUGGAACAUUCCAAUCUCUCAGGAGAUGGCCUCCAGGCAAAACAAUCAGCAAAACCGAAGCCCAGCAGGCUCUGCCCCUCAGCAGCGGGCGGGCUACCCCCCAGACCAGGUGGAUGGGAACAGCACCAAGAAGCUCAAGGUUGCCUCGGGCUCGCCUCGGGCUAUGACUCCAGGGACUAGUGAUGUGGGGCCCGACCACAGGGCAGCUGUCCCUGCUGGCCCCCCACCGCCCUUCUACCUGAGCCAGCAGCAGCUGCAGGUGCUGGCAUACCUGCAGCAGAACCAGGAGACGCUGAAUCCCCAGCAACGCAAUCUGCUGCAGCAGCUGCAGCAGCAGCACCGGCUCAUGCAGCAGCAUAGGCAACAGCUGCUCCUGCAGAGGCAGCAGGCACAGCAGCAAGCGCAGCAGCAGCAGCAACAGCAGCAAGUUGCAGGAGGCAACUUUGCUGCACCCCCUCGGCCCUAUGGGCCCUCGUACGCCAUGGCUCCUGGCCAGAGGGCCAAUGGCUACGCACCCCCACAGCAGGGCAGUCAGGGCGCCCCCUCAGCUGCCUAUCGGCUCCCGCAACCGCAGGGCCGACCUCCACCUCCUGUGGCACCUCUGAGUGACCAGGACCUGCAGCUGCUCUUGUCACAGAGUAAAGACACGGCAUCGAGCCUGGCUGAAGACAUCCUGGCCCAUCUGGCUGGACCAGACCUUCUCGACACGCCCAGGCUUACCGAGGCUGGACUACCAAGUGCACCAUCUGAUGACAGCACAGCAUCGAAGAGCGCACCUGAGGAGUCGAAGGACACUCUUAAGAGUGGUCUGGCGGAACGACUGCUACCAGGACAAACCAAGCCGGCCCUCUCUAUCGCCAUGUCGGCAGCGGAAGUGUUGGAAGGUUGUGCAGAUAUAGCACGCCAGGGAGGCGCCUUCCCACUGAGCCUGCUGUCGGAUGACCCCACGCCUCCGCGACCACCGGAUCCCCCCUCGCCACCACCCACCAAGGAGCAGCUGCUGCCACAAACACCCAGUGUUUUCUUGGAGAACAAGAAGCAGGCCUUCUCGCCGCAGCUGCAAGAGUUCUGCGUGGCACACCCCAUUGCAGUGAUCCGGAACAUGGCCAACGUCCUCAAAUUGGAUCUUGGCCUUUUCUCUACGAAAACACUUGUAGAAGCCAAUCCGGACCAUACGAUAGAGGUUCGCACGCAGCUGAUGCAGUCGCCGGAUGAGAACUGGGACGCCGAGCGCCGGAGCAUGGUGUGGCGCUGUGAGAGUCAUCGGUCACACACAAGCAUAGCUCGCUAUGCUCAGUACCAGGCAUCCUCGUUCCAGGAAUCCCUCAAGGAGGAGCAAGAGAAGGCACAGGGUGUCCAGCGAGAGUCGGACAGCGACUCCAACUCGUCGCUGACUCGGACAUCAGCGAGUGGCAAGCGGUGGCGGCGCAGUGCCCACUUCAAGACCAUCAAGUUCGGCACCAACGUGGAUCUGUCCGACGAGCGAAAAUGGCGCCCCCAGCUGCAGGAGCUGACCAAGCUGCCGGCCUUCGCACGGGUUGUCUCUGCAGGCAACAUGCUCAGCCACGUGGGCCACACCAUUCUCGGCAUGAACACCGUGCAGCUCUACAUGAAGGUGCCGGGCAGUCGUACACCUGGCCACCAGGAGAACAACAACUUCUGCUCCGUCAACAUCAACAUUGGACCAGGAGAUUGUGAAUGGUUCGCUACGCCAGAAGAAUAUUGGGGUGUCAUUCAUGGUCUCUGUGAACGGAACAACAUCAACUACCUCCAUGGAUCAUGGUGGCCCCUGAUGGAGGACCUCAUGGCAGCACGCAUCCCAGUCUAUCGGUUUCUGCAGCGCCCGGGGGACUUGGUGUGGGUCAAUGCUGGCACCGUGCACUGGGUGCAGGCAGUGGGCUGGUGCAACAAUAUUGCCUGGAAUGUGGGCCCCCUAAACGGCACCCAGUUCAGGCUAGGCCUUGAGCGGUACGAGUGGAAUAAGCUGGAGGCCUACAAGUCUAUUGUGCCCAUGAUCCACCUCUCCUGGAACCUGGCACGAAAUCUCAAGGUCUCCGAGCCGCAGCUCUUCGAGCUGAUCAAGUACUGCCUCCUCCGGUCACUGAGGCAUUGUCAGGUAGUGGUCGAGUUUGUCAAGGGCCUCGGCAAGGAGAUCCGCUGGCACGGACGAGCCAAGAACGAGAUUGCCCACUACUGCACCAACUGUGAGGUUGAGGUAUUCAACAUCCUUCUGGUGAGAGAGGUCGACAAGAAGCAUGUGGUUCACUGCCUCAGCUGCAGCCGUCGUAUCAACCCUCGCCUUGACGGAUUCGUCGUGCUUGAAGAGUACUCCAUAGAAGACCUCAUGGAUGUCUACGACAAUUUCUCCCUGCAACCUGCACAAACUCCUUCGAGCUCAUCAUGACAGUCAGCAGGGAGCCCAUGUACCAUACCUUGACUGCUGGAACAGUCACCCAGUCAGCCACUGCACUGGCCCGAGCAGCUGGCCUGAAGAGCGUACGCCCCCUCGUCAAGGUCCUGCCCGCACCUCUGAAGAAGCAGCAGCAGCAGCAGUCGUUCGUGCACAUGUACAUAGCAGACCUGGCAUCAAGGGGACAAGUGCUGCUGUUUGUUGCUCAUUGCACACUGCUGUGGACAUUGCGUUUUCUUCAUACUUAGUGUGCCCCCUAGAAUUAAGGGUGGGUGUGGGGGGGGGAGACUUCUGUUGUACACUUUUACAGAAGUGUGUACAAACCUUUGUUUUGUUUUUGUUAGGAGCACUCAUUAAAGAGAGAUAAAAGCUUGCUUACAAAACCAGCAAAGAAGGAAGGAAAAAAAAAAAUGCUUUGGCUUCGAGCAAGGCACGGCAAGAGUGUAAAGCGUAGUCUCGUCAAAUGUGGCAAGUUAGUUCUGCUGGUUUUGAAGGAGUGCACAAGUUGGCAUGUGGCACUAGCACAGUCGGCGCAUGUACCAAGGCUGGCUUUGCUAAUGUAGUAGACAGCAAGAGUGCGCAUGUGUCUUGCAGUACCCGUUGCUUACAGAUGUGUUCCAGAGCCUCCCUUCACCAGGGGCUGCUCGCACGGUUCCAUGGCAUGUGCCACAUCUAAGUCUCCAGGAAGAGCGUAACUGUAGCAAGGUUCAGAGUGUAGUGAGCUUGUUGGUCGCCUGUUUUGUGUGGUCCUGGUCACUCUUAAGUACCACAAGUGCUCAAGUAAGGGCUGCGCAUAUGUUACUAGUACUAGUAACACACUAGUACUACUAGUACUAGUACUAAUACCACACGCCGACCACCUUCUCGUGUAAGGAAACAAAGUGCUGCUGCCAUAUUGUGAAGCAUGUUUGCGGGAAUAUGUGUUACGUAUGUACAAGCCAUGCUAAGUGCGACCACUACAGUGGCCUACGACCUUUCAUUGGUAUUAUCAAAGGCCACAUGUGAAUGGCUUUUAAAAAUGCUGUGUGCACUUAAAAAGAAAUACCUGACAGGUGUAAAAUUUUUCAGGAAGUCAUGCUGGCACGCCCAGGUGUGUGUGAUGCCCACGCACAGCUGAAAGCCCUUAUGCGAGCACACGUGGGAAAUAGCUGCAGCAGCAUCGUACAUGCUCCCAGUGCAAAAUGUCAUCCCUUCACCACAUCUGUGAACACUGCCAUUUUUUUUCUUCAUUGCCUGCCUGUUCAGUUCACUGGAACACUGCCACUUUCCAUCAAGGGCACAACAAAUAUUUUGGAUAGUGUGCAUAGUGUGAUAGCUAGCCAAGCUUGAUAACAAUCCUUUUCUUACCAUUGGGUGUCGCUGCUGGAACACAGUGUCAUAGUGUAGAAGGACACAAAAUGAUAUGAAAUAAUUGCAGGACUGGAAAGAGGAUCAUUUUCUUUUCCUGCCAUUACUUCUUAUUAUAUUGCAUCUUUUGUGCACCGUAACUAGCAUGAAUUGAAAGGUUCACCAUGUUGAUGGUUACGUUCCAAGAGCAGCUAAGAUAAAGCAACUGACUGCCUCUACUCUGGAUGUCACAAAUCGGCAGGAGCCAAUUAUGUUCCAAUCAAUGACGCAUUAUUGAUUAAGGUUGAGCGCAGGCAACAUUGCAUUGCAGAUAGACAAGCACAGGUGUUGCAUGCGCUGAUGUGGUUUCAGAACUGGAGCAAGCUGUGAAAGCAAAAAAGAAAUGAUUACAGGAUUUGUGCAGGUUGAUUAGAUUGUUGUCGUGAAAUGACCGAAUUUAUUUGCUCAUUGAAAAUUGUGUAUUGCGGCAAAGCCCAACCCUCCUGAAGGCAUUAUGAUGUCCCAUGAUCUCACUUCAUGCAUCAACAUGUAUUUAUACACACAGACUUUGUACUAGAAUGCAGCCCUUGUUUUCGAUAAUUGCCUGGCCCUGCCUCUGUUUUUGUGUAAUUUAUCUCGUGUCUUUGCAUUUACAGACAAAGUUUAUGUUUAUUAAAAAAUGAACUCUCUGA